AUGGUGGUGAAGAAACUGGCGCCAAAGAACUCUCACCUGGAAUUUCCCCAGGCUGCGUCUAGUCGGCGCCAGCGCUGCCAUGCUCCUCUGCCCCGUUCCGCCGGCCUGUACCCACAUCUGCCAUGCCCUUCCUUCGCCCCUGCCCUUCCCGGCCUUGCCGGCCCUGCCAUGCCCCUCCUGGCCCCCUACUCCCCCACGCUCUGUCAGGUGGACAUUCCUCGGGUAGCUCGCUUGGUGCGGCCCUGCUUGCCAGAUCUGGAGCUUGGGAGCCUGCCGCUGCCCGAAGCCCAGGAUCUGGGUUUCGAGCCGACCUGGCGUGAUCUGCCAUAUGCAGAGGAGCUACCAGAGCCCUAUCGUGACGACGAGUUCUUGGGAGGGGAGGAAGCAGGCUUGGAGCGGCUCUCCGAGUAUGUGAGGACGGACUUCCAGUACACUUUUCACACAGACCGCUUGGAGCAUUUCGGUGAGUACUAUGCAUCCAGAUUGGGACCCUGGAUGGCACAUGGCUGUCUCUCGCCACGCAAGGUCUUUGAAGAGAUCUGCCGCUGCGAAGUGCACUCUCCGGGCCUCGCACAUACGCAGCGCCUGGUGGUCGAGUUGACUUGGCGGGACUUCUUCCGAUACCUGUCUGGGAAGCAUGGCAACGGCAUCUUCCGUGAAGGUGGGGUAAAAGGCUACAAGCGAAAGUGGAAACAGGACGUCCGCAUGUUCAAUCUCUGGUCGGAAGGUCGAACUGGCUACCCACUCGUGGACGCCUGCAUGCGCGAGCUGGAAGCCACUGGACUGGCAUCUAACCACGCGCGGCUGAAUGCAGCGUCCUUUCUUGCCUGCAGCAUGGGCUUCGACUGGAGGAGAGGCGCGGAUUGGUUUGAAAGCCAUCUUCUGGACUAUGAUGUAACCUCCAACUGGGCGAAUUGGGUCCGCUGCGCUGGCCUCACGGAGGGUCGCCUCAGCUCCUUCAACGUUGUCAGGCAGUCACAAAAGCUGGACCCAGACGGGGUGUACCUGAAGCGCUGGCUGCCAGAGUUGGAGCAGGUCGCCGCCCCUUUGAUCCACGAGCCGUGGCUGAUGACAAGCGAGGAGGCCUCAGUUUCGGGUGCCUGCGCGUACCCGCCUCCCUGCAUCGACCCGUCCUUCUUCGAGGGAUGGAUGCAGAUCCUCGAUCAGAAGAGGUCAAAGAGCACUUCACCCUUCGGAAACUCCAAGAAAGGGUUGGCAGCCUCAGAAACUUCGAUCGCUCUGAAGCUUGACAUAGCAGCCUUGCUUUCGGUGUGGAGGCUCGAAUCCGAGAACAAAGAGCUGAAGGUUCACAAUUCCAUCUUGCAGACGCAGUACACCUCGCAGUACGAGACGAAUGCUGACAUCCUCAGGACCCUCCACUCGAACCUUGAGGGCAACUAUGCCACAAUAGAGCGGCAUGAGCGAACGAUUAUGGAGUUGGAACACAAGCUCGAAGACCAAAAGCAGCAGGCAAAGGACGAUUUAGAUACGGAGAUGGCCAAGCCAAUGAAAGACGCCGUCAUAGCGAAGCUGAAGACGCAGAAGGAAGAGUUAGAGGGCCAGCUCAAAGAGGUCCGGGAGUUCCAAAGAGACAAGGAGAACAUGGAAAAGGAGCUCGCAUCGCUGAAGCAACAGCUUGAGGAUAACAAAGAGGACUUCGCUCGCAAAAUGAGCGACUACGACCGGAAAAAGGCCGUGGACAUGGACAUCCUCCGCCAGGACAUGGUCCAAAAGGUACAGGAUGCCAACGAGAUGCUCAAAGCAAAAACGAAGGAACAACUGGACUCCACCACGAAAAGAACCAUCAUGGAGAACGAGCAGAUGUUUACAGAGCUCCACUUCCAGAGCAAGGAGACCGAAAAGCUGAUGGAGAGGAACCAAUCGCUCCUGGAAGAGAAUGCCCAACUGCGGCGUAACCUUCUCAUCCACAAGGACUUGGAGAAUGAGCUGGCUCGACGUACCCAUCUCUAUCAGAGACUGCUGAAGAAAAUGGAUCAGAAGUUGAAAUCGGAGGCUGCGCAGCAGGAGCAGUCUCGUGAAUUCAACCCGGCGAAGUCGACAGAGUCUGCAAUACCGGAGCAGGAGAGCUUCUCGCUGGGUGGUUCUCGGGAGGUGUCUGGAAGCCAUCCGCACAGUACUAGCCUCUCAGUGGAGGAGAUCAGUCGCCUGCAGAGGCAAGUGGAGGAUCACCAGAGCACGCUGCAGAUGGUGCGGCAUGAGUUCGCGCAAUAUCGGCGCGACCAUGCGACUCUUGCCCAGCUACAGGACCAGAGUACGCGCCUCAUCAUCUCAGCGCUCUACGAGCUAAAGCAGCAGAAGGAUCAGGCACCGUUUCCUCCUACGUCGUAUGAUCCAGAUGCUGAGUGGCAGUUCACCAAUAUGACACCAAAGCAGAAGGAGUACUUUUUCCGCGUUCUGCUGGAAAAGCUCAACAGCAGCAUGUGCGCCAUGUGCUUCCCUGUCGGUCCACAGGCUACGUCCACUGCAAGCCUGCCUGCCAUCGGAAAGACGGAGCAGGGCGGCAAGGAGGGCAUGCGCUUCUCCCAGUUUCUCUGGUCCGUGGCGACGGACGAUGGCCCAUCGCAAGGCAGUGGUGAAAGAGCUCGGAAGCUGUUGCCGACAGCAAUGCCGCACUUUACUCCGAACUUGCGAUCCGGCUACGUUCGAGAUCGUUCGAGUCAAGAGACAGGAAAACUCCACUAA